AUGUCAAAGGUCGGAUCUGCUGCUACUCAUUGGAUUAGCUGUGAUAUAGUAUUGACCAAUGCGGAUCAACUAUGGAAAUCUCAAAAUGCAAUGAUGCUUGAAUCUGAUGUCUGUCGUCUCGAAGCAGUAGCUGAAUUGGAUACAAGUUCGUCCGAACUCGGAUUAUCACCAGAAUACAUUCAAAAACUGAAAUUAGUGACACUAGGCUCACCAAUUGAAAUUGAAUCACCACUCGAUGCAAAGAAGACGGAGGUAACCGUCUUUGGACCUGUAAUAAUUGAUUUUUGUGAAAAACAAAUAGCAGUGCCAGUCCAUGAAUUUGAAUAUACGCUUCGAGUGUUAUUAGGUUAG